AUUCGAGAGCGGCCGGUGUACAGCUCCGGAGUCCGCAGCGCUCCGCUCCAGCUCUCCUGAGGCGGCCGUACAAUCCUCGGCAGUGUCCUGAGACUGUAUGGUCAUCUCAGCGGCUGCACUCGCUUGCCCCCGGAUUUUUUCCAACUUGCUCUUUUCGAGCCAUUUUUUUUUUUUUUUUUUUUUUGGUUUGUUGGUUUUGUUUUGUCAGAUCCCAGAAAAGUGACUCCUGUUCGGGGAUAAACGGAACUCCAGGUCCCUUGUCGCUGCUCUCUCUUUUUGGCGUCUUACAACCUCCUCCCACUCCUUUCCCGGCCCCGCCUCCUCCUGCAGGUUCCUCCCCGUCACCCCUCUCCUCCCUCCUCCUCCGCACCUAGCCAGCCCUCUGCAAACUUACUUCCACCUGAUUGUGCGGGACUCUCGGACCUGCGAGCACUAAAGACCUUUCACACCUGCCGGAGCGACAGAGAGCUGCGGAGGGCCACAGCAAAGAGAGCGGCUGCAGCCCCUACGGGGUUAAGGAACCCAGGUGCUCCGGGUCUCGGAGGGCCACGGUGACAAUGACAGCUGACAAGGAGAAGAAAAGGAGCAGCUCAGAGCUGAGGAAGGAGAAAUCCCGCGAUGCCGCAAGAUGCCGGCGCAGCAAGGAGACGGAGGUCUUCUAUGAGUUGGCUCAUGAGUUGCCCCUGCCUCACAGUGUGAGCUCCCACCUGGACAAAGCUUCCAUCAUGCGACUGGCCAUCAGCUUCCUGCGGACACAUAAGCUCCUGUCCUCAGUCUGCUCUGAUAAUGAAUCCGAAGUGGAGGCCGACCAGCAAAUGGAUAACUUGUACCUGAAAGCCUUGGAGGGUUUCAUCGCCGUGGUGACCCAAGAUGGUGACAUGAUCUUUCUGUCGGAAAACGUCAGCAAGUUCAUGGGACUUACCCAGGUAGAACUAACAGGACACAGCAUCUUUGACUUCACUCAUCCUUGCGACCAUGAGGAGAUCCGUGAGAACCUGACUCUCAAAAACGGCUCUGGUUUUGGAAAGAAGAGCAAAGACGUGUCUACUGAGCGUGACUUCUUCAUGAGGAUGAAGUGCACGGUCACCAACAGAGGCCGGACUGUCAACCUCAAGUCGGCCACCUGGAAGGUCCUGCACUGCACCGGGCAAGUGAGAGUCUACAACAACUGCCCCCCUCACAAUAGCCUCUGUGGCUCCAAGGAGCCCCUGCUGUCCUGCCUUAUUAUCAUGUGUGAGCCAAUCCAGCACCCAUCCCACAUGGAUAUCCCCUUGGACAGCAAGACUUUCCUGAGCCGCCACAGCAUGGACAUGAAGUUCACCUACUGUGAUGACAGAAUCUUGGAACUGAUUGGUUACCACCCCGAAGAGCUACUUGGCCGCUCUGCCUAUGAGUUCUACCAUGCCCUGGAUUCGGAGAACAUGACCAAAAGUCACCAGAACUUGUGCACCAAGGGGCAGGUGGUGUCUGGCCAGUACCGGAUGCUGGCCAAACACGGAGGAUAUGUGUGGCUGGAGACCCAGGGGACAGUCAUCUACAACCCCCGCAACCUGCAGCCUCAGUGUAUCAUGUGUGUCAACUAUGUGCUGAGUGAGAUAGAGAAGAACGACGUGGUGUUCUCCAUGGACCAGACCGAAGCCCUGUUCAAGCCGCACCUGAUGGCCAUGAACAGCAUCUUUGACAGCAGUGAGGAUGUGGCUGUAACCGAGAAGAGCAACUACCUGUUCACCAAACUGAAGGAAGAACCUGAGGAGCUGGCCCAGUUGGCCCCCACCCCAGGAGAUGCCAUUAUUUCUCUCGAUUUCGGAAGCCAGAACUUCGAUGAACCCUCGGCCUAUGGUAAGGCCGUCCUUCCCCCGGGCCAGCCGUGGGCCGCGGGGCUGAGGAGCCACAGUGCCCAGAGCGAGUCCGGGAGCCUGCCAGCCUUCACUGUACCCCAGGCGGGCACCCCAGGGAAUACCACGCCCAGCGCCACAAGCAGCAGUAGCUGCUCCACGCCCAGCAGCCCUGAGGACUACUAUUCAUCCCUGGAGAAUCCCUUGAAGAUGGAAGUGAUUGAGAAGCUCUUUGCCAUGGACACAGAGUCGAGAGACCCAUGCAGUACCCAGACGGACUUCAAUGAACUGGACUUGGAGACCCUGGCACCCUACAUCCCUAUGGAUGGCGAGGACUUCCAGCUAAGCCCCAUCUGCCCAGAGGAGCCGCUCAUGCCGGAGAGCCCUCAGCCCACCCCCCAGCAGUGCUUCAGUACCAUGACCAACAUCUUCCAGCCGCUCACCCCGGGGGCCACCCACGGCCCCUUCUUCCUCGAUAAGUACCCACAGCAGUUGGAGAGCAGGAAGACAGAGUCUGAGCACUGGCCCAUGUCUUCCAUCUUCUUUGAUGCUGGGAGCAAAGGGUCCCUGUCUCCAUGCUGUGGCCAGGCCAGCACCCCUCUCUCUUCUAUGGGGGGCAGAUCCAACACGCAGUGGCCCCCGGAUCCACCAUUACAUUUUGGCCCUACAAAGUGGCCUGUGGGCGAUCAGAGGGCUGAUUCCCUGGGUGCCCUGCCGGUGGGGUCAUCGCAGUUGGAACCUCCAAGCGCCCCGCCUCAUGUCUCCAUGUUCAAGAUGAGGUCUGCAAAGGACUUCGGGGCCCGAGGUCCAUACAUGAUGAGCCCAGCCAUGAUCGCCCUGUCCACCAAGCUGAAGCUAAAGCGGCAGCUGGAGUACGAGGAGCCAGCCUUCCAAGACACGAGUGGGGGGGACCCUCCAGGCACCAGCAGUUCGCACCUGAUGUGGAAACGUAUGAAGAGCCUCAUGGGCGGGACCUGUCCUUUGAUGCCUGACAAGACCGUCAGUGCGAACAUGGCCCCCGAUGAAUUCACCCAAAAAUCCAUGAGAGGCCUGGGCCAGCCACUGAGACACCUGCCACCUCCCCAGCCACCAUCUACCAGGAGCUCAGGGGAGAACGCCAAGACUGGGUUCCUGCCACAGUGCUACGCCUCCCAGUUCCAGGACUACGGUCCUCCAGGAGCUCAAAAGGUGUCAGGUGUGGCCAGUCGACUGCUGGGGCCAUCGUUCGAGCCUUACCUGUUGCCGGAACUGACCAGAUAUGACUGUGAGGUGAACGUGCCUGUGCCUGGAAGCUCCACACUCCUGCAGGGGAGAGACCUUCUCAGAGCUCUGGACCAGGCCACCUGAGCCAGGGCCUCUGGCUGGGCACGCCCCUGCCUGCCCUGCUGUCUUGGCCUGCCAGCUUCACUUCCGUCUGUGUUGCAAUUACGUAUCUCUAACACCAGCACACUUCUUACGAGAUAUACUCACCUGGCCUACCGGCCAGGUCACCAAGCAGUGGCCUUUAUCUGACAUGCUCACUUUAUUAUCCAUGUUUUAAAAAUACAUAGUUGUUUUACCUGC